AUGGAACUGACUUUUCUGGUUAGCUCAGAUGGUGCAAAUGUCAAGAGAGGACAGACACGACAGCACUCAACUAUCCAAAGCCGUCCCAUAGAUGUUUCUGGCUUUUCAAAUAUUCAAAGUCCUGCAUCGCAGGUAUCCAGGCGAGAUUCAGUAGUUCGAAGUAGAUCUGCAUCGCCUCGUCGUGGGCCUUCCGGUUCUCCACUUCAAAACAUUGCAGAGCAAGAAACUGAAUCCAACAACGCCCCUGGUGUAAGCACGGCUACAGACGUCGAGGAAGAGCCUCGUCGUUUUGCGUGUGAUUCAAACCCUAUGGCGACGCUCAUUGAGAAGAACGAGUCGCGAUUACAGAAAGGCAAAUCUCAAAAAGGUGAUGUGGGAGCAUGGAUGUGUCCAGAAGAAUACUCUAUUGAGCAGGAAGAAGUUCCAAGCUCACCUUUGCACUCAAGAACGGCGGCAAAUCAGCAACCUACCGACCUUCCCCUGGAUCGAUUGCCUCCAAAGGAGAGCCAAAAUGCUUUGAUAGACAUCUAUUUUCGACGAAUACACCCAAUAUUGCCCCUUCUGGAUGAGCUCGCAGUGCGAACUCAAUUCAAAGCAGGGCAUCUACCUCCAUGUCUGGCGCAAGUGAUCUGCCUUGUUGCCGCGAAAGACCAAAGUGCUGCCUCUUUCUUGUACCUUGGCCAGCCAUCAGCAUUACUUUCUCUUGAAAGAUUUAGCAACAUUCUCUAUAAUGAUCUUAUGCAAAGCCUCCCCAGACGAUCUCAAAGGAAAGUCUUCACAAUACAAGUUUUGGCUCUGUUGUCCCUUCACGAAUGGGGAACCACCGGGUCUGAAGAUUGCUCUUUGAAUCUAGCCCAGGCCAUUCAUCACGCACAAACUAUGGGGUUACAUUUGAUGAGACCCGAUCAGCAUACCAAUCAAUCUUCUAGGGCCAUGUUCUGGUGUCUGUGGAGUCUAGACCGAUGGAACGCUGCCAUGAAUGGGAGGCCUUUGAUCAUACACGACGGAGACAGAGGACAGGGAGUGGAAGAUGUUGUAUCAUCGUUUCAGUCCUCCUUUCGGGUCUGGCUUCGAAUCGCCGAUAAGUUGGGGGAAGUAAUUCACUUUUACAGACCGAUGAUGAAAGACAUGGAUCAGGCAGAACUCGAUCUUCCUUCGUUUGAUGAGCUUGUGGAGCAGUGUGACGCUUGGGAUAUGGCACCGGAUCAACUGGAAUCCCUUGAAUUGGCCUAUCAUUCUGUUAUAAUUCUGUCAACAUAUUCAAAUGGCCUACAGGGACGCUCGUGUCCCCGCAUGUCAAACAUCCGACAAGGCCACUCUAUAAUGACCAUCGCAUCGCUCAGUUGCAAUCAAGAUAUCAAAAUCUUCUUACCAUUCCCGAUGAUCGGUUACACUAUAUCGCUCGCUUUCUCGGUGACGUACAAACAGCUACGAGCAAGCAAGUUACCGUCAGCCCGCAACAUAGCAAUAGCAAAUCUUCGCGUUUUUCACAAAUGCCUCCAAAGAAUAAGCACCACAUGGUGGUCGACUGCGGUGAUGGCCCGUCUAGGCCAGCGUGUGUUGAACAGCAUCCAACCCACCAUAGAUCAGGAACGUUCCACAGAUCAUGAAAUCGAUAUCACCCGAUCAAACUCUCAGCUUGAAUUGCGCCAUACCUAUUCGCACCCACUCGAUGCAAGUGUAAACAUACAGUUGCAUCCAAGCGAGUUCGCGCAAGCACCUAGAGCUGAAAGCGCACACCCUCCUAAUGAUCGUCACCUGGGAUCAACCCACAUUUCUUAUUUGAAUGAAGCAACCAGUACUUCUUUCUUGUCGACUGAUAUGGAAGAUUUUGACUCAUUUUUCGACAAUUUCCCUGACCUUAAUUUCCCAAGCUGUUCGAACGAUCAAUUGCUGCUAGACCUUGACAUUGCCGACUUUGAACUUGUCCAAGACAGACUUUCUUAA